GAGUCGAGGGUUUCUCCUUCUCCCAGUGCGCCGCCGUCGCCAACAUCUGGAGCCUCGCGGAGCCGCUGAUUCAGCGAAUUCCUCUGCAAUUAGAGAGAUGGGGAGCGUGGAGCUCGGAGCGGAGGAAAGGGAGGUCGCCGGCGGGGAGGGGGGGAGCAAGGGGGCGGCGCCUCCUGCUAGGGAUAUUAGGCGGUACAAGUGCGAUUUCUGCAGUGUCGUCCGUUCCAAGAAGGGGUUGAUCCGUGCCCACGUCCUCGAACACCAUAAGGAUGAAGUGGAUGAUUUGGAUGAUUACUUGGGACGUGGUGGCGGCGAGACGUGCAAAGAGAUGGACCAUGAUUGCAAGGUGUGCGGUGCUAGUUUUAAGAAGCCGGCCCAUUUGAGGCAACACAUGCAGAGCCAUUCACUUGAGACUAUUUCACUAUUUUGUUACAUAUGGAUGUGUGAAGCAUUGGAUCCCAGAGAACUCCAAAAUGCGAGAAGGCCUUGAGUGGACUAGUACCAGGAUGGGGAGACCCUUCUGGGAAGCUCCUUCAAGAAUGCCUCUUUCACGCUCUUCUUCAGACUAUAUAUGACUGCGUGAAGCAUUGGAUCCCAAAGAACUCCAAAAUGCGUGAAGGCUUUGAAUGGACUAGUAUCAGGAUGGGGAGACUCUCCUGAGAAGCUCCAUCAAGAAUGCCUCGUUCACACACUUUUUCAGAGGCCCUUUUCCUGCCAUGUAGAUGGUUGCCCCUUCAGCUAUAGCAGGAAGGACCAUUUGAACCGGCAUCUACUUACACAUCAAGGAAAGCUAUUUGCAUGCCCCAUGGAAGGAUGCAACCGUAAGUUCACUAUAAAGGGUAAUAUCCAAAGGCAUGUUCAGGAAAUGCAUAAAGAUGGCUCUCCUUGUGAAAGCAAGAAAGAGUUCAUCUGUCCUGAGGAAAACUGUGGGAAGACUUUUAAAUAUGCUUCUAAGUUACAGAAGCAUGAGGAAUCACAUGUCAAGUUGGAUUAUAGUGAAGUUAUCUGCUGUGAACCAGGCUGCAUGAAGGCAUUUACCAACUUGGAAUGCCUCAAGGCCCAUAACAAAUCUUGUCAUCGACAUGUUGUCUGUGAUGUCUGUGGAACCAAACAGCUGAAGAAGAACUUCAAACGUCAUCAGAGAAUGCAUGAAGGUUCCUGUGUUACUGAGAGGGUUCGAUGCCACCUCAAGGACUGCAAGUUGUCAUUUUCAAAGAAAUCCAAUCUGGACAAGCAUGUGAAAGCAGUCCAUGAGCAGAAGCGACCCUUUGUAUGUGGAUUCUCUGGGUGUGGCAAGAGUUUUUCGUACAAGCAUGUAAGGGACAACCAUGAGAAAUCUAGUGCUCAUGUGUACGUUCAGGCUAAUUUCGAAGAAAUUGACGGGGAACGACCACGUCAAGCAGGUGGGAGGAAGAGGAAAGCCAUACCUGUGGAGAGUUUGAUGCGGAAGAGGGUAGCUGCUCCUGAUGAUGAUGCCCCAGCUUGUGAUGAUGGAACUGAGUAUUUGAGAUGGCUUCUCUCAGGCUGAUUCGUCGUGAACCAGAAUACAGAAAUGUGAGAUCUUUGGAUAUCAAGGGUGUUGAUAUGGUUUGAGAUACUAGUAGCAACGUUCUUUUCCUUUGUGCAUGUAUAGGUAAAACAUGGAAGUAAUUUUGAUAAGACCUCUAUGUACUGUCUCAGACAUCAAGUUACCAGAAGUCCAGAAUGCAGAAACGCCAGAUCUUUAUAUGCUCAAGGGUGUUUAUGUGCUAGUUAGGUAGCAACGUUCUCUCUUUUUGUAUGUAUAGGAAAAGUGAAAGGAAUUUUAGUAGACCCUAAUGUCUUGUGACAGGCAUGGUAAUUUAUCAAGGUUGGUUUGUUCUACAGUGUAAA